CACCACUAACAACAACAACAAUGAUAACAACCACUGACAUUAGCUACAUGAGCGAUGAUGAGGAUGAUAACCAACUAACCUAUCGUAUAGCAGCAAACAUUAGCAAUACUAUACUGUUGGCGGCUACCGGUGCUGCCGGGUCUCACAUGUCAAGCACCGACACCGACACCGACGACCAAACAAUCCUAACUAUCAAUAUCUCAUCCCCGGUCGGUGGCGGUAACCAAACAUCUUCAAUACAAACCGAAGGUGUAUCGGCACCGUUGGUCAUCAUAUGCUACUCCCUGAUCAUUAUGGUCUCCCUGUGCGGUAAUCUACUGGUUUGUAAGGUUGCUUUCGGCCAGAAAGAUAUGCGUACGACAACCAACAUGUUGAUAGCAUCCCUGGCCUGUUCGGACAUUGUUAUGACCGGGUUUAACAUACCGUUUAAUGUGGCCCGACUGCUACUGUUGGACUGGCCAUUCGGUCAGGUACUAUGUAUUGCCGUACCGUUUGUACAGGUAUCGUGUGUAUAUGUAUCUACGAUAACGAUGACCGUAAUAGCCGUCCAUCGAUUGGUUACGGUAACCCAGAAACGGACAACCCAUACGUUUGCACCCGGAAAAAUUGCCGCCACUGUCGGCUGCGUAUGGCUACUGGCCGGUACCCUAUCCCUACCRCAUGCGGGUUUCAAUCGACUGACCAAUGUGUUGGUCGACGGGGAAAGUAAGGUCCGCUGUCGACCAAACUAUCAGAUGUUUGGCGGAUCGGUUAGCCUCAGGUCAUUGAUGUUGUUCCUGUCGCUGGAGAUAGUGAUUACACAAUAUCUGUUACCAUUGUCCAUAACAAUGGUUAUGUAUGUUAAGAUUGGUUGGAUAAUAUCUAAACAAGGUAAACUGAUUGGGAAGUUAAGCGAUGAACGAAAACGUAGACAAUCGGAGGCCAAAAGGAGGCGUAUAUUUAUGUUAGCCAUAGCUGUGGCCACGUUUGCCGUUUGCUGGUAA